ACAACAACAACAACACUCUUCGGCUGUCCAGCUCGCUGGGGAAGCUCACAAACCAGCACUACACAAGUCUCAAGCAACGACCGUCUGAGAACAACAAGCCGACUCGACUUCUGACAAGCACAAAUGUCCACUCGCUUUGCAAACGAAAACUGCAGCUUCCCGUUGACAGGGCCAAACUGCACUGAAAACUUUGCCGACUCCUUGGGAGGAGCCUAUGUCGCCUGGCAAGCCACGCUUGCCACAGCAUUCGUGCUCAUGACCUUGAUCGGACUGUUCAGCUCGUACCGCCUCAUCCGCAAAAACGGCUUUUGCUUUGCACUCGAAAACGCACUGACCUACAUUGCAACAUUCUGCUGCUUCAUCGGCGCCAUUCGCCAAGUCGAUGGAAAUGCCUGGCGCGAAGUUUACCCGUUCUGGUUUGCCAUGCUCUUGUACGACCUUGGAACGAGUGCGGCGCUCCAUUGCUGGCUCAUGGUCCUCAACUCUUGGGCUGUCUUUGUGUGCCGCGUUGUCGUGAGUUCCCAGUCAAAGCUGACCAAGAUUGUCAGGCACGUCUACGUGGCCAGCGUUGUGUUCGCAUGGGUGUCGCAACCGUUCGCGACCUUGAUUGAGUUUGUCAUUCAUCCCAUUUGGAUUGGAAAGAUGACCCACUACGGCCUGAGCCUCGUGCUGUUUGCAGUCUGGGCCGGAGGUGGCAUCUACUUUGCGACAAUCAUCCAUCGCGUGCUCGUCGAGGCUCAGCGCCGAUACGGCGAUAUUUCAACUGUCGGCUCCCAGACUGGCAAUCAUGCGGCGUCGACCGACGCCGAGAUGACUGCCACCGGCAAGAGCGGCACCGCCACCGGCAAGAGCGGCACCGCCACAGGCACCGGCACCGGCAAUGGUCACCAGGACACCGGAGCCGACUAUUCGCGCAUCGCCAGCAAGCGCAGGCGACUUGCUGUGCGCCGCAUCCAGCGCAUGAACAUUGUGAUUGUCAUUCUCGACAUUGUGGCUCUCGCGAUAACGGGAUACAGCAUUCUCAACUGGCUUUCCAACAAGUGGAGCGCAACACCGCCAAACGUCAUUCCGCUGCCAACGGCUGGCGGGCUUCUCCUCUACCACCUUUUCGACAUUCUCCACUUGUUGGUGAGUGCCGCAACGCUAUGGUUUUAUCGUGUGACGCGUUCACAGGGUGCGCAUGGUUCUGCUGGUCAUGGUCAUGCCAGCACAACCGGCCCAGACGGCGCCACGCCCCAGAAUCGUGACCCCGAAAGUCUCGAGGAGUCCAUUGGCGAGGAGGAAGUUUCCGAAUCCAGCAGUCGCACACCCAGCAAUGGAAGGUCGCGUCGCGGCAGCACGCAGCCGCAGCUUCCGAUGUCGAUGCGGCAAAGCCAGUCCUCCAGCGGCUUUGUUGGAGGCGACAGUAUUGCUUGGACAGCUCCCGCAAGUUCCAAGUAAAUGUGAUUUACGGGUGGGGGAAAAGUCUCUUGGUUUCGCUGACAACCACAGGGAAACGCAUUGCGU